AAGGCACUCAAGGAGUAGUAAACAAUGGUAAGCGACACCGUGCUAAAGUAAAGUAAAGGUGCAAAAUGCGAAUUAAAACAACUUCAUGUGCUCUUCUCUUUUUUCAUUGCUGAAGGAGGAGCCAUUAACUCAGCUUAAAACCGAACGUAACUGCGCCUUUUGAAAAACGGAGUAGCAGUAAUGCUUUUAAUGCCCUUAUUAUGGAGCCAGCGGGCCAUCGGAGCACUCGUGAAGAGGGACAUGCACGCGCUGCCCGCACGCAUGAAAGCUUGGCAAACCCACAAAUUUGGUGGCAUCGACGAUGUUCUGCUUGAAGAAGUCCGAGUGCCCCAGCUACGAUGUCCCAGGGAUGUUCUGAUCAAAAUACACGCGGCAAGCGUCAACCCUCUCGACGUCGCGAUGAUGGAUGGAUACGGAAGGAACAUUAUCGAUGUGCUUCGGAGCGUCCAGCACUUUCCCUACUCGUCCGAUAGGUUUCCACUCAUCCUUGGAAGAGAUUUUUCCGGAGAGGUGGUCGCUGUCGGUCAAGGAGUUAAACACUUUCAAGCUGGUGACGAGGUCUGGGGAGCUACCAUGGCUGGCCACCAAGGCUCACACGCCGAGUACAUCGCUGCAUCUUCGAAUAUUCAGAUCUCUAAGAAGCCCAAGACAUUGUCCCAUCUGGAGAGUGCGGCCAUUCCCUAUGCUGGCCUCACUGCAUGGGCAGCCAUCCGCACCGUUGGGAAUGUGAGCAGACAGACCGCUUCAAACAAACGGUGCCUGAUCCUAGGAGGUUCUGGUGGGAUUGGAACCUUUGCCAUUCAGCUCCUCAAAGCCUGGAAUGCGAGCGUGACGACAACAUGUAGUUCCGACGCCGUAGAGCUGCUAUCCAGUCUUGGAGCAGACUAUGUUGUGGACUACACUUCGCCAGAUUUCGAGCAGCAGCUACGACAGAGCCCACGAUUUGACUUCAUUCUUGACUGCGUGGGAACGCAGAAGAGGCCACUUGCCACAGAGCUGCUACGCAAGGGCCGACUUGCAACCUGUGUGACCGUUGUCUCUCCGGUUUUAAAAAAUACUGAUGACCUUGGCCUUCUCCCUGGCCUGGCAACGUCUGCUCUCCAGGCACUUCAAAUCACCGUCAAGGAACUGAUGGAAGCACGGAGUGUGCGGUGGGCCUUCUUCUGUCCCAAUGCAAAUGCAUUAGAAGAGAUAAGUGGCUUAGUUGAGCUUGGCAAGAUUGCUCCUGUAAUCCAAGACACUUUUCCUUUCGAAGAUGUGCCUGGUGCAUACCGCAAGAUCAAAGAAGGACAUGCAAGAGGCAAGACCGUUGUGUCUGUUGUGAACAAAGACCACCCUUAGGAAGGCAUGUUGUACUUUUAUUUACGCUGCCGACGAAGACUUCUCAAAGACAGCAUAAUAUGUUACUUUUAUAGCUUAAAAAGUUGGUCACCAACAAAAAUAUUUCUGGUCAUGGAAUGUUUAAAGCUUCCAAGUCUAAUCUUAUGUAUUAUACACUUUUGUGAGCCUCUAUGACACACUCAAUAAAAUGCUGUUACAAUAGA